GUCUCCGCAACCUCUCCGUUUUGCUCUACUCUGACAGCGAAAAAUAAUAAUAAAAACGUUAUCGAUCCUAGAUUUCUCUGCUUAUAUAUCUUGUUGUCAAUUGUUAGCUCUCAUCUCUACGAAGCACAGUCUUUCUUUAUUCUUUCGCAGCCGCGUACCUCUUUUCUUUUUCCUAAAGCGCCAUGUCCUCCGACACCGUCGUGACCAUCCGCCGUGCGCAGCGGGAGGACUGCCAGCGGAUGUACGACCUGAUCAUGGAGCUGGCCGUCUACGAAAAAUCGCCCGAAUCCGUCAUCGUGUCGAAGGAGGAGAUGGAGGAGCUCGGCUUUGGUGAGCGUCCCCUCUGGAGCGCAUUUGUGGUGGAGGUGCGAGAAGGCGCUGCUGCUCCGCACGUUGUUGGCAUGGCUCUUUAUUACUAUCGCUACUCCACCUGGCGUGGUCGCAUGCUGUACUUGGAGGACUUCGUGGUGACCGAGACGCGCCGCGGCGUGGGUGCGGGCAAGAUGCUCUUUGACCGUGUCUUGCAGCAGGCAAAGGAGGACGGCUGCCACGGCAUGGUCUGGCAGGCGCUGGAGUGGAAUGAGCCGGCCAUCAACUUCUACAAGAAGUACAGCGCUAAAAUUGACUCUGGCUGGGUGAACUGCAUGCUCGAGUUCUAA